GAAAGUAUUCUAAACUAUGCUAGCUAGUCGUAUUUCCAUCCCCCUUUUCCUUGUCCAGAGUCCGCUUUGCCUGUCUUUCUUCUAGCACUGUAUACGUGUUGUUAUAGACAAUGGGUUGGGCUUGCUGUACUGUUCUUCUUUAUCUUGUUCUUUUUCCCAUCAUAGUUCUCGCUGAAAGUUAUCUGACUGUAAACUCUUCUACUACUUCUUGGACCAACAGAGAGCCUGUUGGCGAUUUACUGAAAGCCGAUGCGGUAAUUAUAUUUGCCAGUAGAUCCUCCGUUGAUCCAGACUAUGGAAAUGCUUGUUUUUGGGGCUUCUUCUGUGAUCAAACGUGCAACAGUUCUCGCUUUGCCACUUUCUUUCUUAAUGAUGAUCCACGAGUACUAUGGUCUGCCAACCCAAAGAAUCCUGUUAGCAUUGAUGCGACUUUGAAGCUCAAUUCGGAAAGAGGUUUGGUGUUACAAGAUGCUGAUGGAACUAUUGCUUGGUCCACAAACAUCAGCACCAAAUCUGUGGCUGCCCUAAACUUAACCGACAACUGCAACCUCAUGCUAUUGGAUGAAAAUAAUGCUACAAUUUGGCAGUCUUUUGAUCUCCAAUAUGGGCCAUUCGACGUUCUAUUUUAUGGGCAAAAGUUGGUGCCAGGGCAGCAACUCACUAGUGAAGGAGGUUUGUUUUCGCUCUCUCUCACCAGUGAAGGGUUGUUUGCUAGUAUAAAUUCUAAUCCUCCUCUAAGGUAUUGGAAUUAUCAACCUGCAGAUACUAUCAGUUAUGUUCAAUUUCUGAAUCAAGGCUUAAGUUUUUACGGUGUUAAUAACGAUUUGUUUGCUAACUCACUUGAUAAAUUAUCCAUUCCUUCAACAUCGUUAUCAUUGCGGUACAUGAGAUUUGGGCCUGAUGGACACUUGAGAGUGUAUGAUCAGGCUUGGAAAGAAGUGGCUGAUCUUUUAAAAUUUACAGAUUUAUGUUCUUACCCUACGGUUUGUGGCAAUUAUGGCAUUUGUACAAACGGCCAGUGUGGUUGUCUUCGACCCAUAAAUGGGAUAAGCUACUUUCAGCAAAUCGAAGGCAGGCAACCUGACCGUGGAUGCUUCCCCAUUACUCCCUUGUCUUGUGAAGCAUCCAAAACUCACAUUCUUUUAGAGCUCCAAAACAUCACAUACAUUCCCUUUAAAGAUAUUAUCCCAUUUAUAUCAGAAUUAAAGCCUAUAAGUUUAGGGAAUUGUAAACAGGCAUGCUUAAAAAAUUGUUCGUGCAAAGCUGCUAUAUAUUAUUCAACUGGGUAUUGCUAUUUACUAUCUGAAAUUUUUUCACUUAAUUCCACUACCAUAGAAAAUACCUACCAUAAAGUAUACAUUAAGGUGCAGAAUUAUGUCCCAAGUGUAGUUCCUCCUCUACAGCCGACAAACCAUGAAAAGAAGAAACGCUCUCUUAGAAUAAUAAUGGGAUCUAGCCUUGGAUCAUUGCUUUUUUUGUUUCUAAUUGGAAUCUUUGUUUUUCGAAUUCGGAAUAAGGAAAAUGCUGAUGAAGCUGAGGAGUAUUAUUUGGAUCAUGUACCAGGAAUGCCCACAAGAUAUUCUUAUGAUGAUUUGAGAACCAUAACAAAAAAUUUCAGUAAAGAGCUCGGUGGUGGAGGAUUUGGUACAGUUUUUGAAGGGACUCUGAUUGACAGCACUAAGGUUGCAGUGAAACGUCUUGAUGGUUUUAGUCAAAUCAAAAAAUCAUUUUUAGCUGAAGUUGAGACAAUUGGCAACACUCAUCAUUUCAACUUGGUAAGACUAAUUGGAUUUUGUGCUGAGAAAUUUCAAAGGCUUCUUGUUUAUGAAUACAUGUCCAAUGGAUCUUUAGAUAGAUGGAUAUUUAACAAGAAUUCUGAGAUGCUGCUUGAUUGGAAACUUAGAAAGAAGAUCAUGAUUGACAUAGCACGGGGACUAACUUAUUUACAUGAAGAAUGUAGGCAAAAAAUAGUUCACAUGGAUAUAAAACCCCAUAACAUCCUCUUAGAUGAGAACUUUAAUGCAAAAGUCUCUGAUUUUGGAUUGUCUAGACUAGUUGAUCGUGACCAGAGCCAAGUUGUAACAACUAUGAGAGGGACUCCUGGCUAUAUGGCUCCAGAAUGGUUGAGUUCAGUAAUUACAGAAAAAGUAGAUGUAUAUAGCUUCGGAAUAGUACUCUUGGAGAUAUUGUGUGGAAGGAGAAACUUUGACCGCUCUCAACCGGAGGAAGCAAUGCAUCUAGUUGAUCUAUUUAAGAACAAGAUUGAGGGGGACCGAUUGGUGGAUUUGGUUGAUAAGCACAGUGAAGAUAUGCAAUUGCAUGGAGAAGAAGUUGUGAAUAUGAUGAGGGUUGCAACAUGGUGUUUGCAAAAUGAUUUCACAAAGAGGCCUUCUAUGUCCAUGGUGGUUAAGGUUUUCGAGGGUGUCGUGAACGUUGAAUCAGACCUAGAUUAUUUCUUCUCAAAUCCACAUUUACUAAACCCAAGAACUGGAGUUGAUAACCAGGAAGUGCAGGUUGUUGCUACUACUCCAUUGUUUCCUUCAGUUCUAUCAGGACCACGAUGAUUGUUCACUACACAAUCUGUUGUUGUUUGAAAAAUGAGGUGGUUGCUGAUCAUCGAGCUUGAGCAAUACAGUCUGAAGCCUGUCUUGCCAACCGCUGUGCUGAUGUGUAACCAAGAAGAGGACAGACUUUUUAGUUUGUUCUGUUCCUUCUGAAAUCGUUUUGUACCUUAUAUAUAUAUAUAUAUAUAUAUAUAUAUAAUCUAGUUCAAACUUUCCUGGUUUAAAUCAUAAGAGAAUGGUUGCAUAUUGAAGUUCGUAUUACUUGGAAAAAGGAUCAGAUCAAGAGGUUUCUAAUCAACUAUAUGCAAUUCCUCAUAUAGAUUCUAGUCUCCCGAAGCAACUAACAAACUUUUUUUUAGGCAAGUUAAUUUGUGGCAAACAAAUCUUGGUGUGUUGUUAUUACAUCCAUUUCCUGGAUGCUACUCGUUCUUAUAGCCUUCUUGAGCACAAGGACAUUCGUUUAGUUGUUGUCUUUCUUGAUAUGUGUAAUGCAUAGAUGUCCAAUUACAAAAAAUCCUUGUUUAAAAAGUCUUUUCAUGCAAUGUUGCUGAAAAAUCUUAUUUAUCAUGUAGCAAAAUAAUGAACUAAUUAAUGCGUAAUUCUAUGUACACAACAGUUUACGUAGAAAUACAAUUUAUUAUGUAAUUCUACAUAUACAAUAGUUUUUACAACAAAUUUUACACUUAUUGAAUUGACGAGUUAUUAGUUUUCAA